AUGGUUCGCGCCGCCAGCUACCUGGGCUCCCUCGCCCUGCUUGCCUCUUCGGCCCUGGCCAAAGAGGUAGCCGUCAAUGAGGCUGUCGCCGCCGAGCUUUAUGACUCGGGCCUUGUCCACAAGGCCGUCAUGGACAGGAAGAUGAACUUCUGGAAGACGGCGAGAGAGUCUGGCGUCUUCAAGAGCGAGCAGUACCCGGAACUCAACGCCACCAAGUGUGUCAACGGCUGGGCGGAGGCCAUCGUCGGGGAUCGCCACAACACUUUCAGGUGCAACAACGUCGACCUCGUCCACUUCCUUCCUCACAUUGCUCUCGGCAGCCCCGGCGCCGAGGGGUCCUCCUCGUGGGGCUGGACCUCGGACGACGACCGUGAGUUUGUCGCCGUCGGUCAGUACGACGGCACUGCCUUUAUCGAGAUUGGCAAGGACGGCCGCAUGACCUACCUCGGCCGCCUGCCCCAGGUGACGACCCCUUCCGAGUGGCGCGAGAUCCGGUCCUACAAGCACUACAUGAUCAUCGGCUCCGAGGCGCCUGGCCACGGCGUGCAGAUCUUCGACAUGCAUAAGCUGCUGACCAUUGACCCUGCCAACCCGGUCGUCUUCCACCCCAGGAACGACCUGGCCGCCUGGACCAACGCCCUCAUGCCUCGCGGCAACCAGCACAACAUUGUCGUCAACGAGGAGCUGAACUACUUCGCCGCCGUCGGCUCGCAGCCUCGCACUGAUCCCAACUGCCGCAGCGGUCUCAACUUCUUCGACCUGACCGACCCCACGAACCCCAAGUCCCUGGGCUGCGCGGCCGGCGACGGAUACGUCCACGACGCCCAGUGCAUGGUGUACCACGGCCCCGACAAGCGCUACGAGGGCCGUGAUAUCUGCUACGGCUACAAUGAGGACACACUGACCAUCUACGACGUCACCAACAAGGCCAACGUGACCAACAUCAUCUCGCGCAUCAGCUACGAGGGCGCGGCCUACACGCACCAGGGCUGGGUGCUCGACCCUAAGAACCAGGAGUACCUUGUUAUGGACGACGAGCUUGACGAGCUCCGCGCCCGCGGCCCCGCCGCUGACGGCUUCCCCGUCACGUACAUCUGGGACAUUCGCGACCUCGAGAAGCCCAAGCAGACGGGCCUCUACAAGUCCAAGACCAAGGCCAUCGACCACAACCAGUACGUCAUUGACGGCCUCAACUACCAGUCCAACUACGGCGCCGGCCUCCGUGUCUUCGACGUCAGCUCCAUCCCCCGCGACCCCACCGGCGCCUCCGUCUGCGAGGUCGCCUGGUUCGACCUCUACCCGGAGGACGACAACCUCCCCGGCGGCGGCGACGUCGAGUUCCUCGGCACCUGGUCCAGCUACGCCUACUUCAAGUCGGGCUACGUCUUCAUCAACUCGAUUGAGCGCGGCGCCUGGACCGUCAAGCUCACCGGCACCGACUGCCCACGGGCCCCCGUCUGCAACGCCGACAACUGCCUGCGCUCCUUCCGCGCCACCUCGGUCCCCGGCCGCCUCGCCGAGUCGCGCGAGUUCUGCGACGACUUCCUCAGCCGGCCCGUCCGCGAUGUCGCCGCCCUGCCGUCCCACGCCGUCAAGAACUGCGCCGGUGACGCCGUCGCGCGGGCCUCGAGCGCCUGCGCCUGUCUGCCUACGGCCACGCCUGCUCUGUAG